AUGCCACCGAAACGGAAAAAAGAUGUUAAAAAGAUGUCUAUUGAACCACCACCAACAAUUGAACCGGAUAUUCCAGAAGUAAUAGAAUCAGAAGAGCCACCAAAGCCAUUGGUGUCGAUGGUUACUGGAGAGCCUUUUGGGCCACGAGUUCAACAGAUUACCGAGAAAAUGGAAGACGAAAGCUCAGACGACGAACCAGAAUCUGAAAGUGAUGAAGAACUAAAACGAUUGACUGAAGAUGUAUCGGAAGUACCUUCGGAAUUUUGGCAUAUACAGAAACUUAUCAGAUAUAUGAAAGCAGGCAAUCAGACUGCCACCCUAGUGGCUCUUUGUCUUUUAAAGGAUUACGACCUCAGCAGUAGGAUUAUUCAAAGAGCGAUUCAAGAAAUGGGAGGUUUAGAAAUUUUAGUGAAUCUCCUCGAGACGAAGGAUUUAAAAUGUCAGAGUGGUUCUCUGUCAGUUUUACGUCAAGUUUCAAAAUCCUCACAGAUGCGACGAUAUCUAAUCGAUCUUGGUAUCGUAACACCCUUGAUUCAAAUGUUAAAACAUCCAGCUAGAAAUAUUCAAGUUCUGGCUGCUGAGACUAUGGCAAUUAUCGCGCAAAUAAGAAAAGCACGAAAACAAAUACGUCUUCGAGGCGGUAUACCUCUCAUUUUGGAUGUAAUGGACGUUCCCGACUCUAUUCUUCGCCAAUCUUAUGAUGAUUUGAACGAAACUAACAAGGAAUUGGUAUCAGUUGCAAUAGCUUGUGCAAAGGUGCUGGAUUCUCUAAGUAGUAGUCCGAAAGUAAAAGAAGAACUUCGUAAACAUGGCGUAGUUAAAAUUAUGGAACGUUUUCUAAAAUCGAAACACACUGCAUUAGUGAUACCUAUGAUGGGUGCAGUUCAACAAUGUGCAUCCAUGUCAGUUUUCCGGGAGGCGUUCGAAAACACUAUUAUUGUAUGCGCAGUAGUGCAUCACUUGAAAAAUGAGGAUAUUAAAUUGAAAGAAAAUUGUGCGUUAGCAAUAUUCAACUGUGGCCCAAAUAAAGUUGCAAGAGAUAUAGUUCGGGAGACGAACGGUUUGGAUAUGUUAUGCAAACUAGUGAAGAGCAAGGAAAUUCAUGAAAACAAGAGCCUUUUAGCAGCUGUCACCGGCGGAAUUUGGAAAUGUGCAAUAAGCCCAGAAAAUGUAGCGAGGUUCAAUCAGAAUGGGUUAGUAGCUUCAUUGGUGCCGUUUUUAGAAGAGUACGAGGACGAAGAUGUACAAGUGAAUGUUGUCGGUGCACUAGCAGAAUGUUGCAAGGAUCCUGCUAAUAGGAACAUUCUUAGAAUGAAUGAUGGGCUACCAAAACUGAUCAGAUUAUUAACUUCGACGCAUGAACCACUGUUGGAGAACGUACCACUGGUGUUAAAGGAGUGUGCGCAAAAUGAUGAAUGCAUGGAUAUAAUUAAUGACCCUGAGCAUGUUUUGGACGGUGUCCGAUUAAUCUGGUCAUUGCUGAAACAUCCUAGUGAUAAAAUCAAAAGGAACGCUUGUCUUGCUUUGGUUCCUUGCAUCAAGUACGCCAAAGACUCACCGGAAAUGGUUCGGGCAUUUGUAGGUGGACUAGAGCUUACGGUCAGCCUUCUUCAGAGUAAAGAUACUGAAGUGCUGAGUGCAGUUUGCGCAACUAUCGCUGAAAUUGCUACUGAUCCAGAAAAUCUAGGUAUUCUCAGCGAUCACGGCGUGGUAGAGGAGCUGGCGAAGCUUGUAGUAACGAAAGAUGAAGGGUUACGUGCAAACUUGACUUUAGCUAUAGCAUAUUGUAGCGAAUGGGAAGAAAAUAGUUACAAAUUUGGACAAUUAAACGCAGUUGCACCACUUGUUAAAUACAUGAGUAGCAAAAAUACAGAUGUCCUCAGAGGUGUUUGUAUCGCGGCAUAUCACUUGAGUAAAGAACCUACAAAUUGUAUUACCAUGCACACAUCUGGUGUAAUAAAGCAUAUAUUGCGUUUGGUUGGAUCAGAUGACCCGGAAGUGCAAAUAGCCGCUGCGUCCACAAUUCGAAAUAUAAGAAAGCUUGCAUUAACAGCGGAAAAGUUACACUUCAAGGAAAUUAACACGUUGAAAGAAACAGAUUUUCAUCUGUAA